CACAGCGAGUUUUUCCUCGAUCCGCGCGCAUCUCUUAAAAUGGAUUACUCUUAUAUACCAGUGAUUUUAAUAUCAUUCGUAAUUUUGUUGUACAGUUACUUUACGAGAACAUUUAAUUAUUGGAAAAGUAAAAAUGUAAAGGGGCCGACACCUGUUGUGUUUUUUGGAAAUUUAUUGGAAUCCACUCUGCGUCGUAAAAACGUGGGUGUUGUUUUCAAAGAAAUGUAUGAUGCCUUUCCCGAAGAAAAAGUAAUAGGUAUUUAUAGAAUGACUACUCCGUGUUUACUUCUGAGAGAUUUGGAUGUAAUCAAACAUAUAAUGAUUAAAGAUUUCGACUCGUUCGUGGAUCGCGGCGUGGAAUUCAGCAAGAGUGGCCUCGGCAUGAACUUGUUCCACGCUGACGGCGACACCUGGCGGGUCUUGAGGAACCGUUUUACUCCAAUAUUUACUUCUGGAAAACUGAAAAAUAUGUUAUACUUGAUGAUCGGCCGCGGUGACAUCUUUGUUAACCACAUCAAAGAGAUUUGCAACAAGCAACCUACUGAAUUAGAGGCACAUUCACUCGUCCAAAAGUAUACUUUGGCUACAAUAUCGGCGUGCGCAUUCGGAAUCGACCUCGACUCUUUCACUCCCGAAAACUUGAAGGCCUUGGAAACUGUUGACAAGCUCAUAUUUACUUCCAGCUAUGCCAUUGAACUAGACUAUAUGUAUCCAGGCAUAUUAAAAAAAUUGAAUAGUUCAUUAUUUCCCAAAAAGGUGACCGAUUUUUUUGACGAUCUUGUAAAAACAGUAGUGAAGUUAAGAGAUGGUAUGCCAACGAACAGAAAAGAUUUUAUGGACCUCCUUUUGGAAUUGAGGCAACAAGACAAGAUAACGGGACCAAAGAAACAAGAAAACGAAAAAGAAAAGAUUGUGGAGCUUUCCGAGAGUUUGAUAGCUGCUCAGGCUUUCGUAUUUUAUGCGGCUGGAUACGAAACUAGUGCCACGACUAUGUCUUUUCUUCUGUACGAGUUAGCCAAAAACCCGGAUGUACAAAAUAAAGCCAUCGAGGAAAUAGAUACAGCAUUAAGGAAGUACAAUGGUGAAAUGACAUAUGAAAUGCUUAAUGAAUUAAAAUAUCUUGAAAAUGUUGUUGCGGAAACUUUGCGGAAGUAUCCUCUCGUAGAACCUUUGCAAAGAAAUGCCGUGAUAGAUUACAAAAUUCCCGGCACUGAAGUGACUGUUAAAAAAGACCAAACUGUUCUGAUAUCUCCCUUCGGUAUUCACAACGAUGAAAAGUACUAUACGAACCCAGAAAAAUUCGAUCCCGAGAGAUUUAAUCCAGAGAAUAGCAAAAACAGACAUCCUUGCGCGUAUCUUCCAUUUGGCGUUGGGCCCAGAAACUGUAUCGGUAUGCGCUUCGCUAAAUUACAAAGUCACGUGUGUAUAGCCAAGCUAUUGUCCAAUUUCCGCGUUGUGCCGAGCAAGAAAACUAUGGAUAAAAUGCAAUUUGACCCUAAGCGACCGAUCAUGGGACCCCAUAACGGUGUUCACCUUACUUUCGUGCCUAGAAAUAUUUAAAAGACUACCGAUUGUCUUGAAGCCUAAUUGUAAUUUAAAAUAAAACAUAUUUAACUCA